AAAUAACCAUGUUUUUGUGGCUUAAACUCUUAGCAUUUGGUGUUGCAUUUCUGGGACAGGAUGCUUUUCUCAAAGGGGAGGAGACAGCAACGACCACGCCUGGUACUGAAUCUACCACAGUGAAGCCUGAAGCAACUUGUGACAUUAUUGAAGACAUAAAAGACUCUAAGAACCACUCUAACAUGGGUGAAGUUUUCCUGAAAAUUGGCACAAAAGACACAGAAUACAUUAUUCAGGGGGAUGAUGGAGAAAAAACUGUGAGUUUCAGCGACCAUUCAGUAGAGCUUCCGAAUUGCCGGAAUUACACUGUCAAAGUUAAAAAUGGCACGUGUUCAGAUGGUACUUCUACUUCUUUUCUUGUUCCAAAAGUCACCAGUGAAUUUCUUAAAGUCGAGGACUCAACCAGCACAUCUGCCACAUUAUGCUGGAGUAGCUCACUUGCCUGUGCUACGGUGACUGUCACCUGCAACGGGAUAUCACUUCAAUUUCUUCCAAUACGUUCUGAAUAUUCAAAUUCUAGAGGUAAAAAUCAAACUUGUGAAGUGCUGAAAAAUUUAUUGCCAAACCGUCUGUAUGACUGCGUUGGAUUCAUAGAUUUUGAGGAAAAAAAUGUUGCCAACCAAAGCUUCAACAUACGUACAGACUAUGGUGUCCCAGAAGCACCACAAAACCUUCAAGUAGUACAUAAAAAUAUGUCAGGUGUAGCAGUCAAUUGGACAGCACCUGAGAACACUUCCAACGGUCCCAUAGAUGGCUACUUCGUGCGUUUCUGGGGGGAAGGCAUAAAUUCUGAUCCCAGAGAAAUCAACACAACUCACGAUUCUUUCUAUGAAUUUAAACCUUAUACCAGAGCUUCUGUAUCUGUGACUGCAUAUACAAUCAACAAACGCAAUUACAAACUUGAAGGUAGAAGCAAAAGCCUUGAAUUUACAACAGAUGCAGGAGUACCAGAAAAAGUGAAGCACGUUAAAACAAUAUUGACAGCUGAUAAUGCUGUCCAGAUUACAUGCAAAAACCAAAGUGUGUUUGGACCACAUGUAAAAUUUAUAUUGUUUUGGGAGAAUGAAGAAAAACCUGAUAAUGAAAGCAAAUGUGAAUUUAAAAAAGAAAAUCUCCUUUACCUCAAAAACUAUACAUUUAAGAUCUUUGUCUUUAAUGGAGAACACAAGGGGCCAGCAGUAGUGGGGAGUAUAAAAACCAGAUAUAAUUCUAGAGCCUUGAUUACAUUCUUGGUAUUCUUGAUCAUUGUGACUGUAAUUGCUUUACUGCUGGUUCUGUACAAAAUCUAUGAUCUUCACAAAAAAAAGCUUAGCAAUUCUUCGGAAGGCGUGAACCUUGUUGCAGUUAAAGAUGAUGACAAGCAACUUCUCAACAUAGAGCCAAUACCCUCAGAGCUAUUGCUGGACACAUACAAGAGGAAGAUUGCAGAUGAAGGAAGGCUCUUCUUGGAAGAAUUUCAGAGUAUUCCUAGAGUCUUCAGUAAAUUUUCUAUAAAGGAGGCCAAAAAGAGCCAUAAUCAGAACAAAAACCGUUACAUUGAUAUUCUUCCAUAUGACCAUAACCGUGUUGAGCUCUCAGAGAUGCCAGGAGAUCCAGGAUCCGACUAUAUCAAUGCAAGUUAUAUUGAUGGCUUCAAAGAACCAAGAAAAUAUAUUGCUGCACAAGGCCCCAAGGAUGAAACCACAGAUGAUUUCUGGAGAAUGAUCUGGGAACAGAAGGCAACCAUUAUUGUCAUGGUGACUCGCUGUGAGGAAGGAAAGAGGAACAAAUGUGCCCAGUACUGGCCAUCAAUGGAGAACGGGACUGCAACGUAUGGGGACAUCAUUGUGAAGAUCUAUGAAAGUAAAACAUGUCCAGACUAUGUCAUUCAGAAACUGCACAUCACAAACGGAAGGGAAAGGACAGCUGGAAGAGAUGUCACUCAUAUCCAAUUCACAAGCUGGCCAGACCAUGGAGUCCCUGAGGAUCCACAUCUCCUUCUCAAACUCCGACGCAGAGUUAACGCCCUCAGCAAUUUUUUUAGUGGUCCGAUCGUGGUUCAUUGCAGUGCCGGCGUUGGGCGCACGGGGACGUACAUCGGGAUCGAUGCCAUGCUGGAGGGGCUGGACGCAGAGGGCAGAGUGGAUGUUUAUGGAUACAUCGUGAAACUGCGCCGGCAGAGAUGCCUCAUGGUCCAAGUAGAGUCACAGUACAUCCUUAUUCAUCAAGCACUGGUGGAAUACAAUCAGUAUGGAGAAACAGAGAUCAGUCUCUCAGAACUGCAUUCCUCCCUUAACAAUCUGAAAAGAAAAGACCACCCGAGUGAGCCUUCUCUGCUGGAGGCAGAGUUCCAGCGAAUGCCUUCCUAUAAGGGGUGGCGGACACAGAACAUUGGGAAUCGGGAUGAAAAUAAAAGCAAAAAUAGGAAUGCCAACUCAAUUCCUUAUGACUUUAACCGAGUGCCCAUCAGGCACGAAGAAGAUUGCAGUAAGGAGGCUGAGCAUGAUUCAGAUGAGUCCUCGGAUGAGGACAGUGACUGUGAGGAAUCCAGCAAAUACAUCAAUGCUUCCUUCAUAACUGGUUACUGGGGUCCAAAAGCCAUGAUUGCAACACAGGGACCACUGCAGGAAACUAUCUCUGACUUCUGGCAAAUGGUGUUCCAAAGAAAAGUCAAAGUCAUAGUUAUGCUGACAGAGCUGAAGGAGGGAGAUCAGGAACUCUGUGCACAGUACUGGGGAGAAGGAAAGAAAACGUAUGGUGGCAUAGAAGUUCAAAUGGCAGAUGUCAACUCUGGUCCUAGCUAUACCAUACGUGCAUUUGAUGUUGCACAUCUGAAGACAAAAGAAACUCAGAAAGUGUAUCAGUAUCAGUACCAUCAAUGGAGUGGCUGUGAUGUUCCAGAAACCCCCAAAGAUUUAGUCAGCAUGAUUCUCAAUAUUAAACAAAAACUUCCAGCCAGACCAGUCACUGAGGACAGCAGGAGAACCCGCAGUGUCCCACUGCUUGUCCACUGCUGUGAUGGAUCACAGCAGACUGGUGUAUUUUGUGCUUUAAUGACCCUUUUGGAAAGUGCAGAAACAGAAGAAGUAAUAGAUGUUUUCCAAGUAGUAAAAUCACUUCGUCGCACCAGGCUGGGAAUGGUCUCCACCUUUGAACAAUACCAAUUUCUGUAUGACACCAUUGCCAGUACCUACCCUGCACAGAAUGGACAAAUAAAGAAGAAUAGCCAGCAGGAAGAUAAAGUUGAAUUUUGCAGUGAAGUAGGAAAAUCAGAUCAGGAAACUGAUUUGAUCACAACUGAUCUUGCCCCACCACGGCCAGAGGAAAUUGAGGCACCUGAAAUAUGUGAUGGUUCUAAGGCUGCAGAUAGCACUAAGGGAACAGAAAGCUCUACAAAUGGCCCCACAACUGCAGUUCUAACUUAGAGCUAGAUUAAAAAAAAGUGCU